CUUCAACAUGGCUACAAAUAUCACCAUGGAUGCUGACUUGGCCGACAUGACGAUGACGCUGCGGGGCGAGCGGAUCCCGCUGCGUAAUGCCGUGUCCUCCGUAUACAAUGAGAUCCGUCACGAGCUUUUGGUGGUUACGCCCACUGCGCUUUAUCUGUACGGGAAGAUGCCGACUGCAGGUGGAGAUCUGCUCGCGACGCUAGUGGCAGAGGAGAACGUUCAUUACCAGUUCGCUCUAUGUCUUCCCUGGGUGAGUUUUACUGGUGACGAGCCGAAAGCGCUCUGCUGACUUUGGCCUUUAUUGAAGCUGGACGCCUACUCCGUCGUUGUGACUACUUCGACGGGGCAAAUAGAGCACCGAAUUGUCAGUUCAGACCUCAAGACGUCGUUGACGUCCCAUACACUGGUGGAAAAGGCUGGGGAGCAAUUCUACACGGCGCUGGCAAAUCCGCACCGACGAGAGCUCAUUACUGCGGACUCAGACGGAGGGAUCAAAGUGUGGGCACUACGCGUGAUCGCUAGUGCACAGAACACUGGAGGGUUUAAGGGGGUGUUGCGAGUACACACAGCUGCGAAUUCGGUGCGUCUAGAGCUGCUACUUGCAUCACUUACGGCGGCUCUGAUGCUAGUGUGAUAUCAUUGUACAUGUCCGAGUAGAUAAAGAAGCCCUAUUAUCGCCAUCUUCUAAUGAGUUAUGACGGGCAGAAAAUCUUUGCUGCUACGAGCGCUAAAGUUUAUGUGUUCGACGCAGCGUCAUGUCACCGUUUGCCUUGUUGUCUGCGUGAGGCUCGACACACCAUUUUCAGCGUGGAGUGUAGCGACAAAGAUAACAGUGUUUAUCUCGUGUUCAGAACCAAUAUGAGGAAAGUCUGUAAGUUCACGCUUGUCGUGAAAAAGGGGUUGCCGGAAUUCCGAAAAGUCGGCGAGUUCGUGCACGAUGAAGAAAUUGCAGCGUUUAUCGAGAAUAGUCGAACUCCUAUGAAUUUAAAUGGCACUGGCAACGAGGUCAUGCUGAUAGAUAUCUGUGCGAAGUUCACUACUGCGGAUCUUACUGACUCAAGAUCUGGUAAUUGCGAAGAUGAUAGAGAUGUUCAACCUGGCCAUAAGCAAUCUGCUAUUGCGCUGCCGUUUAACCCUCCGUCAGAACGAUACAACGCUCUUCAUGCAGCAAGAGUAGCUGACGGACGGAAUUUUGCUUUCGCGGUAUGGUCGACUGGAUUUUGCAUUAUGGAACUCCUCUUCUCGGAUUCCCAGGGCCGACUGCCUUGCGAUUUAUUUAACGGCGAAGUUUUGAAGAGAUUCGAUGGCACUGAAGAUGGUGGUUAUAUCUCCAUUUAUCAACAAAUGCCUUCAACACAAGUGGUUGUGUUCAGGGAAGGGAUCCCCACUUUUCGCUUUGCAUCCCUACCAAUGAUCCCAGACCCUACCGAAGAAAGGAAAGAAAAAAUCCUGCCCAUUAUUGACUACGUCAUAGUAGCUGAUUCCAUCGUGGCUCUAUGGGCUCAUGGGUUAGUGAGGAAGUUCAAUCUAUUCGACAAUCGAGGCUUCACAAUUGCAGAGCCUUUUGAAGCGCCAAAGACAACCGCAACAGUGGUUAUCAGCAUUUUAUUUGACGGGAACGACUGCGUUGUUGUCGGUGACUCGAUGGGGUUCUUAAGCGUUUUCCCUCUCUUGAAUGGCGAUAUGGAGCCUCAUCGCGUAAUAACCAGGAAGCAAGUGCAUGCAAAUGACAGUGUUGCCGUAUUGAUUGAUCCAACCAUACAUGCAGUAGCGCCUGUAGAAGGCAAGUUUUCACUACUGCCUGUUAGUCGAGGGGGUGAUGUCAAGCACUGGCAGAUAAAAAGAGUCUGUGCAUCACCGAGCACUGAUGCUGAUCAAGGUUUUAUAUGGGAGCUGCUUACCUGCUUUCGGACCUAUUCGCUCGAUACUUCGACUGCAACUUUUGCGUUCCCCGAAUUCUUGUUUUGUGGCUUUGAUAGCGGCAGUGUUGAGUGCUGGAGGUUGCCGUCGAGUGGGAGAAUCUCUUCACAGUCUUCUCGUCUUCAGCAGCAAGCUACAAACUGCAUUUCAGUCGUGAAACGUGCCUUACACGCUAUCGAUUUGCAUUUAUCAUCAGUUCGCAGCAUAUUAUGUGAAUCUGGAGCUGGAAUUUCUGCCAUCACUAGUCCACAGCCUGCUGUUGACAACUUCUCGUGGGUCUUUUCGUAUGAUGAAGACGCUAUCAUCCUGAUUUGGUGCUUUUCUCUCGACUUUUUCUUCCCGCACCGACGGAUUAAGGUUCUCGAGUUCAUCAAAGGCAUCUACAUAACUCCAGUGAAUGGAUUUUUGGAUCUCUUCGCUUACACUAAUCGAUGCAUCGACCGGGUAGAUCAUCUCGGUUCAGGGGACAAGGAAGCUGUACGACAGCGUCUUCAGCGUGGACGGGAUCUCGUUGCUCAGCGGGAUCUUAAGGGCCACGAUAGCGGAGGAAAACAUUUGAAAAAGUUUGAAACGCGUCGAGAAAACACUUCAACGGGUUUGAAGACGAGUACAUUUACGCCAGACUCAUUCGGUCGGAGCGCGUGGACGGCUGAGACUCCUUCUGUUCGGAUAAGCAUCACGUUGCCUGCGGUCGAAGACAAGGUAAAUUCUGUCGGUAAAACACCUACAAAUGCUUCUCCUGUAAAGGCGUUCGUAGAGGAGUCCACGCCAACUCCGACGUCAGUCAGUGGCAAGCUUCUUGAAAGCAAGGACGUAUCGGGUGAAUUUAAUAAUCUGCGAAGUGUUCUGAGCUCGUCUCCAACGCGUAUAGUGGAUCGACCGCCGUCCAAAUUCAGAGCCCGAUCGCCACGUUCACCUAAGAGCUCCUCACAAAAUUCGUCUCGGUCACCUCGACGUAGCAAAAAGAAUCCAUUCGAACAAAAAACUGCUCGUGAUGCAACAGCAAAUGCUCUGCCAAGAGAGAAUUCACUCCCUAGUAGUUUCCAGCAAGCGAAGCCUCGUGUGUAUCGGAAUGUUGUCAUCCCUUUGGAUUCGCUUUCAUCGCAAGCUCGCUGCGCCGUUAUUUCCGCUGGAGAUGCUUACGGAUCACUGUCACCUAGUGAUGAAGUCGAGCCAAACAUGCCGGGUGCUGCCAAUGUCCCUGGAAGCGUUAGUGGCAUGAGAACUCCUGACUUUGGAGUGCAGGAGAAGGUCGCAGUGGUCGCACUCGUAGAAGAUGAGGACGAAUCGAUUUUGUUGCUAGAUUAUCAACCGGGAAGUCGUCGAUCGAGACAGCGUCUAUCAAGGAAGCAACCGGAUAAGGAGAUCCACGACACCUCGAAACCUUCCUAUGAGAUCCCCUUCUUACAAUGGGAACGAAUGUCGGAGCAUGACCGAAGAGUAGAGCUUAUGGCAGCGUGCAAGUCGAGAUGUAUUCAGGAAGACGCCAAGAGAGAUGACGUCUUCGUGCCACCCAUCGAAGACUUUGAGAGCGUAGAGAUACCGGUGCAGUUGGGAGUACGAUCAUUCACGAGGUGGUUCGCAGCAACACAUCGUCAUCACCAGCGAAUUCGGGAGCGCUUUCUCACUGAGGAAUUGCUGUUUGCAGCAACUGAUCCAAUUAUCCGCCAGAAAUUAGCAGACGUGGGUCUCUCACCUCCCCCAGCCGAGCAGAUCGGUCAAUCUAUCUCAGCUGCAUGGCAAGAGUUCGUUUCUUGGUACUGCUUGGGUCAAACCUCCCGACAUCAGACCAUUCCACCUGAGGUGUUACAAAGAGAGCGAUUGAAAGCUCGGACUGAGUAUUUGGAGUUACGACUGCGUAUGGUUGCUCAAUCUGAGCUAGAAGUCCAAGAGGAAGAGGAGAGAGCGGGGCCUUGCGAAGAAGAGUGUGCACCACCUCAGCAGGUCUUCAUUUUUGAGCACUUCGUGAAGCGUUUACUGACCGAUAAGGACAGCCCGACGUCAUGGGAAAACACGAGUCUGGAGACCCAGCAGAAGGAAAUCAUGCUGGCUUUGAUGGACCCUGCAGUUCAAAUCGCAGCCAUGAGGAACGAUAUCGAGCUGCCCGACGUCUCUGGCUCGUGCAUGGAGGACUUUGAUAUCUUGGCUUUAGCAGGCAAGUUCGUUCCGUGGUGGACAGCCAGUCGUAAUAUCCACCGACGCGAUUUCCUUAAACGCGAAGCUCAUGAAGCGUCGACAAACAAAGCGAUUCUGGAGAUCUUGGAGAAGGAGCGGCAGAAUGAGAAUGGAGAGGGGGUCAUCGAAGACUUCUUCGAGUCGUACUUCAGGUCCGAGACAGCGCGACAUACUUUCCUGAAGAAGAAGCUCUUCUACUUGAGACGCAAGAGUCGAAUCGCUAGUGUCGCUCGGUAUGGAAAACUCCCAGCGCCACUUGUCAUGGAGACGUUGCCGCUCCCUCUUGUGACUUUGUUCGGGUUUGUCGAACGCGAAAUUGUCGACAAGACUGAAACUCAAGAGUUGAUUGAAGUCGAAGAUCAGGAGGUACCGGAGGAUCCCGAAGUCGUAAUAGUAGAGCAAUCCAACGAUGACUCCAUUGAUAACCAACGUGAACAGGAAGAAGAGGAGCUGCGAAGACUAGAAGAUGAAAAUGCAAAGAUCACGCUGGAACUCAUCUAUAUGGCACGAGAAGACGCCCUCUCGCGCGAGUACAACGACAGCUUCGUGGAGAGCGAUGAGGAGAUUGAGGAACCAUCUCUAGUUGUACCAAAGCGGACAGAUUUCUCACGGUCGUACUUCUUUGGCAAUCUGCCACCGCAUUAUCGAAAGGUGGCUUCAUCUGGAUGGCGAGCUGGCAGUGGGAUCGAUAACGGGGACGAAGAAUUCGAGGAAGAAGAGCAGUUGGAGCGGGAACGUGAGCGUCAACGGUUGCUGGAAGAGCAAGAGGCUGAGAGGCUUCUGGAGCUGGAGCGUCAGGCGGAGCGGGCUCGCAUCGAGAAGGAACGAGAAGAGAAAGCGUUCCAAUUCCGUCGUGUACGCCAAGCUGAACUGAGGAAGGUGUUGCAGCACCAAGCAGAACUCGAAGCUCAGCGUAAAGCGGAUCUUGAGCUUGCGCGUGAACGAACCGAGCGAAGCCAAAUGCAGAGAGAAGAUGAAUACUCGUCUUGGCAGCGUGAUCAACUUCUGCGAGACCAGAACAGGAUGCGACUUGAGGAUCAGCUUGCCUGCCAGAUCAGAAAGGAGCUACGUGAAGCUGCUGCUGCGAGGGUCCGUCAGCUACUGCACGAGCAGGCUUGCAUGUCUGCAGAGGAUCAGAGAUCUUCACUAGUCGCCAGACAACGGCAGGAGCUCGAGCGCAACCGGGCUGUGCGCUCUGCAUUUCUUUCUGAGCUCUACGCUCCAUUCCAUCCAUUUUACCAGGACUCGGCGGUUGCAUCCGAAGACUUUCUUCCUCAACUUCAAUGGAGACUGGAGCAAGAGCAGCUACGACGAACGCCAGUGAAACAACCAAUUGGCCGCUAUACGAUCCCACUCGAGGAGGCUCUUGUCUUUGAUGAACUUGACCAGGAGCCGUAUCUUGCUCGAGAUUCACGAAAGUUUAAGCUCCUCAUGGGUCUACCACUGCGAACUCCAAGCAGCCAAAAGCGCCCUCGAAUCCCAACAGCAGAUGCCAUCAUCGCAAUGCGGCAGCAGCAACGGCAGCUUGCUGAGUUUGGUGAAGAGCGCCAAGAAAUGUUGACGAAAGACCUUCCAUUGCCACACAAGAUUAGACCACAGAGUCAAAUCGACAGUUCUAGUGAGCGCAGCCGCCUACCAGCCAUCACUCCUCACACCCGUUCCAUUGGCGGUCUGACUGACCUCAAAGAAGCUUGUAGGAAGCAAAGCACAGCAUCCCCUGCCAAACAAAAAUCCAGCAAAAACAAUCAGCAACAACAGCAGAGCCAGCAAAAUCAGUCGCUGCCAUUCUUUCGCGGAAACAUGCUUGUACAAGGUCACGGCCAAGCACGAUCAAGAGACUAUGCCUAAUAGUCCCCACCAUUUCGUUCAGUCGAAAGAAUUAAUACUGCUCGUGUAAGUCUAUCCUUCCAUCACAACUUCCGUGGUCUGCGCGUGAGCGGCCUACUCGAACAAGAAACAGCAUUAAGCGUUAGUAAAUAGUUCGGUAUACGUUCCUUACUGAAAAAAAAUCAAGCACGCACCUCUAAGAUCCGCUCAAUAGGGACCCCACCCGACCG